CGCAGAGGCCGCGGAGAGGCCGGCGGCCACGCCGGGGAGGCCGCGGGAGCGCGGGGCCUGUAGGGGCGCGCUGCGGGCCGCCUGAGGACACCGAGCGGUCCUCGCGCGUUCUCGAGCGGCGGCUGGCAGCCGAGCCGGCGCGGCCAUGGCGACGGGCGCUCAGCAGAAAGAGAACACGCUGCUUCACCUCUUCGCCGGCGGGUGCGGGGGCACAGUUGGUGCUAUUUUCACUUGCCCACUAGAAGUCAUUAAGACCAGAUUGCAGUCCUCAAGACUAGCACUUCGGACGGUAUAUUAUCCUCAGGUUCAUCUGGGGACCAUUAGUGGAGCUGGAAUGGUGAGACCAACAUCUGUGACACCUGGACUCUUACAGGUUCUGAAAUCAAUCUUGGAAAAGGAGGGACCAAAGUCACUCUUUAGAGGCUUGGGUCCAAAUUUGGUUGGAGUUGCACCAUCAAGGGCUGUGUACUUUGCAUGUUACUCCAAAGCCAAAGAGCAAUUUAAUGGCAUUUUCGUGCCUAAUAGCAAUACUGUGCACAUUUUCUCAGCUGGCUCUGCAGCUUUCAUCACAAAUACCUUAAUGAAUCCUAUUUGGAUGGUUAAAACAAGGAUGCAGCUAGAACGAAAGGUGAGAGGCUGCAAGCAGAUGAAUACGCUCCAGUGUGCUCGACACGUGUACCAGUCGGAAGGCAUCCGAGGCUUCUAUAGAGGGCUGACUGCCUCAUAUGCUGGGAUCUCAGAGACGAUCAUCUGUUUUGCUAUUUAUGAAAGUUUAAAGAAGUGUCUGAAAGAAGCUCCAUUAGUCUCUUCCACAAAUGGAACUGAGAAGAAUUCCUCAGGUUUUUUUGGACUCAUGGCAGCUGCUGCUGUUUCUAAAGGAUGUGCUUCCUGCAUUGCUUAUCCACACGAAGUCAUCAGGACCAGGCUUCGAGAGGAGGGCACCAAGUACAAGUCCUUCGUGCAGACGGCACGCCUGGUAUUCCGGGAGGAAGGCUAUCUUGCUUUCUACCGAGGACUGUUGGCCCAGCUCAUCCGGCAGAUUCCCAAUACUGCCAUUGUGCUGUCCACCUACGAGUUCAUCGUGUACCUGCUGGGAGACCAUGCUCAGUAACGGGCCACACAGUUGUGCUCUAGAAGAAUAAAACUGAAAUCCCUAGAGAUUUUCUUUUCCAUUGAUAUUUAGUACUCGAAACUGAACGGGAAAGGCCGUAGAAUAUCCGGCUUGUGUCACCUGUUGGACAUUUCCUUUUGGAUUCAUGCUUUCUGGAAGGUUUAAAUUCAUUAACGUUAAUAGUUAUAAUUAUAACUUUUUUUUUAAGUUAAAAGAGGAUUGAGGAUUAAGCAGCAGUAAAUUAAAUCAUGUAUUUAAGUGUA